UCCGUCCUGCAACAGCGAUACCCUGCACAUUUUAGAAGAUAAGAACGAAGUAGGUAGUCAGGUGACCUUUAAGCGACAAGACGUAUGACGACGUGGAUGGUGUCAAGGCGGAAUAUUUUCUCCAUUUAACCAACGCGACCUCGCAGCCCGUUCUCGCUUCCUCUCAAUCUCAAUCUCCGCAUCGCCGACGACAAUGAGCUGGUGGUGGUCCGGUGCGAUUGGCGCCGUUAAGAAGAAGCUUGACGAUGACUCCAGCGUAGCUGGAGGCAAGCAUCCUAGCGUAGGCCCCGUGAUCGGCGCCGACGGCCUUAACGUCGAGAACAUCUUGUGCGACAUAUCCGACCCCGCCGAUGCCCUAGCCAAACUGUCCCCGCUCACCGACGUCACCCAUAUCUUCUACGGUGCUUGGGCAAAUCGCGAAUCCGAGAUCGAGAACAUCGCCGCUAACACCGCUAUGCUCCGCAAUGUCCUCGAUGCCGUUCUCCCCUCCGCCCCCAGUCUCCAACACGUUUGCCUCCAGACAGGUCGCAAGCACUACCUCGGCAGCUUCGAAUCCUUAGGUAAGGUCAAGCCGCAUGAUCCCCCAUUUCACGAGGAUCUUCCUCGUCUCCCUGCCCCCAAUUUCUACUACGCACAAGAGGAUGUCCUAUUCGACUCCCUUCGCAGCCGCGACGGCGCAGUCACUUUUUCUGUUCAUCGUCCCUCCGUCAUCUUCGGGUUUUCACCCACCAGUCUCAUGAACAUCGUUGGUUCGCUUUGCUUCUACGCUGCCAUCUGCAAGCGAGAGGGCAAGCUGCUGCGGUGGCCCGGGAGUCGGAUCGCUUGGGAAGGGUUCAGCGAUGCUUCCGACGCCGAUCUGAUUGCUGAGCAGCAGAUCUGGGCGGCUGUGGAUCCGUUUGCGAAGAAUGAAGCGUUUAACUGCAGCAACGGGGACGUGUUCAAGUGGAAGCAUUUGUGGACCAUAUUGGCAGAGCAGUUCGAAUUGGAGGCUGUGGGGUAUAAUGGAGAGGAGGAAAGGUUUAAUUUGGAGGAGGCGAUGAAGGGGAAGGAAGAGCUCUGGGACAAGAUCGUUCAAGAGAAUCAGCUUGCUCCAACGAGGCUGGAGGUGGUGGGUAACUGGUGGUUCGCUGACAUUAUGCUGAAUGCGGAAGAGCACCUGGAUACCAUGAACAAGAGCAAGGAACACGGUUUUUUGGGGUUUCGCAAUACUCGCAAUUCUUUCGUUUCGUGGAUUGAUAAAAUGAAGCAUUGCAAAAUUGUUCCGUAACGUUGCCCACCUUCUUCGUCUUUGCAUUUCAGUAUAUUCGUUGUAUAAGAUGAAGCAUGUAUGAUUUCUGAACUGUUGUGUUUGGAACUGUUGGGGUUUUCGAGAGGGUUAA